AAAAAAUGCAGCGUUUCGUGGUUAACUCAGAGCCGUGUGUGCGCGAUUCCGUGAUAGCUGCCUGAAAACGUGAGCGCUAAAAUAAGAAGCGUUUGUAGCUGGCGGGAUGUGUCCGAGGUCAGAAUUUGUCCCUCUCCAAAGGGCCUGAAUGUAAGGAGUUAUUUCUAUCGAAGAGCUGAGCAGCAGAGCUGUACGCAGAGGAUGCCUGGUUCGCAGAAAAGCAGCGGCAGCUUUGGCCUCUCGUGCUGAGCCCGUGACACACGCCGGAGCUGCAGCCGCAGCCAGCUGAGCGUCUGUCUGAGCGCAGGAUUAUCGCCCACGUUGGCCGUCCCUGUGAGGCAGCGCCGAGCCCUCUGCAAGGAAAGGCAGCGACAGCUCUGCCUUUCAAAAUGCUUCACUUUACACCAUACCUAAAUGCUGUCUGCGAGUUGCAAAGGGAGGAUUCUGAUCUGGUUUUCCACGGGCAGCAUCAGGUGUUGCCUGCGCUCUGCAUCCGCUGCUCAGCGCUUGUUCCAAGGGGGUGCUGACGCGGUGCUGCUGAGCCAACAGCCGUCUGCAGAGACAGCCCUCUGCUCACCUCUGGCUAAGAAAGAUUUCCUUAUGCCAUGAAGUAGAUGUGUUUGUUUCAGCCUUAAAAUUACUGAUGCCAGUACUUGCUAUGGCAUCUGUGGCUUCACCGGUUCUAUUUAAGGAGUUUUGUCCCUUAUAUUAUCUACUCAAUGCCAUUCCAACAAAGAUCCAAAAAGGCUUUCGCUCUAUUGUGGUGUACCUCACAGCACUUGAUACCAAUGGUGACUACAUUGCAGUGGGAAGCAGCAUUGGAAUGCUUUAUCUCUACUGCAGACAUUUAAACCAGAUGAAGAAAUAUAAUUUUGAGGGGAAGUGUGAAUCUAUAACUUUCGUGAAGCUGCUGAGCUGUUUUGAUGAUCUAGUUGCUGUUGGUACAGCCUCGGGUCGAGUUGCAGUUUUUCAGCUUGUGUCUUCAUUGCCUGGAAGAAACAAACAGCUUCGGCGAUUUGAUGUUGCUGGUAUCCACAAAAGUAGCAUUACAGCUUUAGCUUGGAGUCCCAAUGGAAUGAAAUUAUUUUCUGGAGAUGACAGAGGGAAGAUUGUCUACUCUGCCCUCGAUCUAGACCACGGUGUUUGCAACUCCAGCCUUGUGCUGGAAGAGCCAUCUUCAAUUGUCCAGUUGGAUUACAACCAGAAAGUGCUGCUUGUCUCUACUUUACAACGAACCAUACUUUUUUACACGGAAGAGAGAUCUGUCAAGCAAGUUGGAACACAGCCCAGAAAAAACAGUGGCAAAUUUGGAGCAUGUUUUAUACCUGGCCUCUGUAAGCAGACUGAUCUGACGCUGUUUGCUGCCAGACCUGGGCUUCGCCUCUGGAAAUCUGAUGUCCAUGGAACUGUUCAGGCCACGUUCAUCUUGAAAGAUUUAUUUGCUAGAGGAAUACGAACUUUUGAAUUGUAUCCUCGUUUGGAGCCACCCGACAGAGGAAGUUACAGCUCUCCAGAGAAACACCUUGGGCUUGUUUCGUGCUUUUUUCGAGAAGGAUGGGUGCUGACCUGGAAUGAGUACAGCAUCUAUUUAUUAGACACCGUGAAUCAGGCUUUGAUUGGUGGAUUGGAAGGAUAUGGUGAUAUUGUGUCUGUGUCCUGCACCAGCAAUGAGAUUUUUCUCUUGAAGGGAGAUAGAGACAUCAUAAGAAUUUCAAGCAGACCUGAAGGACUGUCAUCACUAGUUUCAGAUGGGAGUUCAAAACUGCUGAAUCCUUCAACAGAUUCAAGUCCUCAUUUGCUGACGCCGAUAUCAGUAGUUGCAUCCGCAUCAUCCAGCCCUUCAGUGGAAACAGAUAAAAAAAUAGUUACUUCUCCCUCAGUUGUUGGUGAUAAAAGAGACUCUUUAGUGAAAGAUGAUCUGGAAACUCCAGCGCUAUUGGAAAAAAGCUUUGAUAGAGUGGGAGACUUGAGCAGUGAAACAAGAAAAAGGGGCUGCUCUGUAGCAAGUGAAUCAAGAAGCAGGAGCAGUUCAGUAAAUUCUGUGGACAGUGGCUCUAGUUUUCUGAUAUGUGCAGACCAAUUCUCAGAAGCUCAGAGAGAAUGUCAGCUUUCUUCACAACGGUUCAGCACUAUCAGCUCUGAAGACUUUGAUCAGGAACUCAUUGUAAAGCCAAUUAAGGUGAAAAAGAAAAAGAAGAAGAAACAAGAAAGUGGAACCAAGAGAAACCACAUCUCUCUGGAAGGUACACCAAAUUAUGAGCGUCAGCUUUCUGGCGACAGCCCGCAUUCAGUGAACGCAGAUUCAUUUUCUAUGACAUCCAGCCUCAUGAGUGGAAGCAUUGAUCGUUUGAGUACCGGGUCUCCAGAUCAGGAAAGCAUGUUCAGUGUGGAGUCCAAUACAGUCCUGCAAGAAGAUAAUGGUUCAGAAACAUUUAGUGUCCUACAGUCUCCUGAGUCUGCAACUGUACUAAUUAAUGAAGAAAAUGGAGACACAGUUGACUUACAGAAACUUCCCAACAGUGACAGCGGCAUGGGUACAUCGACAAUUAUAGAUGCUUUGACGUCUGUCUCUCCUCCCAUCCUCACAGAAGACUUAACAAGCACUGUUGUUACUGAAAAUAACCAUUGUGUGUUUUCUGCAAGCAGUGAAUGCUGUCUUGGAAAGCUAGACCAAGAAGAACAGGAUUUUAGUACAUCGUGUCAAUUAAAUGAAAAUCUAGAUAAAAUGAAGCUGCAGGAUGGUGAAAAAUGUUUUGAACAGCCGGACCAAAUGCUUUUGGAAUGUAACAGUGUACUUGGUGUUCAGACAUCACUGACGCUGAAUGAAAGUGAUGAAACUGGUAGGGAAGACCAACAGCAGCAUUCUCUAAUAGACAGUGCUCUGUCAGUUCCUUCUGUUCACCACUUUGACAUCUCUAAAGGUGUUGAUUCAGAGCAUAGUUCCAUUUCUGGAUGGAAUUUUGAAAGCGUAAUCAAAGUUAAAUCUAGUACUAGCAGUGCUGAAUGGGUAACAAACACACGUGAGAGUAAGGCAGAGGAGGAAUCUGCCUCAAGUGAUGAAGAGGAUAUUUAUGGGCAUGGAUUACCAUAUUCAUCCUCAGAGACUAGUGUGCCUGAAGUUGGUGCUGAGCUUGGUUCUCAGGAUAUGACCAGGAUAAGCCUAGAUGAAAUGGUGCUGUUAAAAUCUGAUCAGUUUGCAGAGAGCUGGAUGGGAUACUCUGGCCCUGGCUAUGGCAUCCUGAGCCUGGCCGUCUCAGAGAAGUAUAUUUGGUGCCUGGACUACAGAGGCAGCCUGUAUUGCAGUGCACUUCCAGCUGCUGGGCUGCGGUGGCAGAAGUUUGAAGAUGGAGUCCAGCAGGUGGCGGUUUCCCCUUCAGGGGCUCUUCUCUGGAAGAUCGAACAGAAGACUAAUAAAGCGUUUGCUUGUGGAAAAGUAACUAUAAAAGGAAAACGACACUGGUACGAGGCUUUACCUCAGGCUGUAUUUGUAGCUUUAAGUGAUGAUACUGCCUGGAUUAUCAGAACAAAUGGAGAUCUGUAUCUACAAACAGGCCUGAGUGUGGAUCGUCCUUGUGCCAGAGCAGUAAAGGUUGAUUGCCCUUAUCCACUGUCGCAGGUUACAUCCAGAAAUAAUGUUGUGUGGGCACUGAGUGAGCAGCGGGCCCUGCUCUACCGGGAGGGAGUGCGCAGCUUUUGUCCUGAAGGAGAGCAGUGGAAGAGCGAUAUUGUCAGUGAAAUGCAAGCUUUGGAACCAGUGUGUAUAACCCUUGGAGAUCAACAGACAUUGUGGGCUUUGGAUAUCCAUGGAAAUCUGUGGUUCAGAACUGGUAUAGUCUCAAAGAAACCCCAAGGAGAUGACAACCAUUGGUGGCAAGUAAGCAUCACUGAUUAUGUAGUGUUUGACCAGUGCAGCCUGUUCCAGACAAUAAUCCAGGCCACACAUUCAGUGGCAACAGCAGCUCAGGCACCUGUAGAGAAAGUGGCUGACAAACUUCGAAUGGCAUUUUGGUCACAGCAGCUUCAGUGUCAACCCAGCCUCCUUGGAGUUAAUGGCAGCGGAGUCUGGAUCUCUUCAGGCAAAAAUGAAUUCCAUGUGGCAAAGGGAAACUUAAUAGGCACUUACUGGAAUAAUAUUGUGCCUCGUGGUACUGCUUCAGCCACAAAAUGGGUUUUUGUGUUGGCUUCCCCAGCUUCAUCUAAAGAAGGAAGCUUUUUGUGGCUGUGCCAAAGCAACAAGGAUCUGUUUUGUGUCAGUGAUCAGAGUCCUCAGUUUCGUCCUUCUACGGUGCAGCUGCCACCAGAGGCUGAAAUGGUGCACUACUCUGCUUGCCAGGAUGCCAUUUGGGGUUUGGAUAGUAUUGGGCAGAUAUUUAUCAGAACUCUUUCAUCCAGCUGUCCAACAGGGAUGCACUGGACAAAACUGGAUCUCUCUCAACUAGGAGCUGUGAAGCUGAUCAGCUUGGCCUGUGGAAAUCAGCAUGUUUGGGCGUGUGACACCAGUGGUGGUGUUUAUUUCCGUGUAGGAACCCAACCUCUUAACCCGAGUUUGAUGCUUCCUGCGUGGAUAAUGAUUGAGCCACCUAUACAGCCAGUAGGAAUCAACUUGGUCAGCAUUCAUUCAAGUCCAAAUGAUCAGAUGUUGUGGGCCAUUGACAGCAAAUGGAAUGUCCAUGUACGAGUGGGAAUUACGGAGGAAAUGCCUGUAGGCACCGACUGGGAACAUGUACCAGGUUUGCAGGCAUGUGAGCUGGCUAUAAGUACAAGGACCGUUUGGGCACGCUGUCCAAACGGAGAUGUAGCUCGUCGUUAUGGUAUUACUGACAAGAAUCCAGCAGGUGACUACUGGAAGAAGAUUCCUGGAAAUGUCGCACAUUUAACAGUGACCCCUCUGGAUGAACUGUGGGCGAUCAGUACUUCAGGAUCCCUUCUCCAGCGCCUCACUAAGACCUUCAGCCAUUCCCAUAACCAGCAGAAAAACGAUACUUCUGUUCUGCUUCACCCUGAUGAUUUUGAAGAUGAAUGGGAAGUGAUAUGAAGUCUCUCAAGCUUGUGAAGCAGUGAAAAAAAUAGAAGGGCAUAUAGAACUUCUGUAAUGUAUGUACAGAAUGUUGGAUGUAAAAGCCACUCAUACUGGACCUUGUGAUAUUAGCACUUUUGUAUUAAAAAAACUGACCUGUUAAAUAGCCUCUAAGCUAUGAGUUCUGAUGUCUGUUCCAGUCUCUCUUGGGAGACUCUUUAGGUGUGGCAUACUGCAGUUGUUAUACUGUACUACUGUAGCAGCUCCUUUGGAAACAUAACUCUUUAACUUAAUCUGAUUAGCAAUGAAAAUGACUAUUUCACAGUAGCAUGCACACUAAUACACGUGUACUUAUUUUGAGAAGAAGUUCUAUUGCAUUAAAUAUUUCUCUACAUCAGAAACAUUAAAUAUUUCUCAAUUUCUUUUUUUAUGUGGAACUCCAAACUGUUAGAAAUGCUCUUCAACUAACUAUUGUAUGUGUUUAGAAUGACUUUUCCCUUGCAGCACGGAAGAAAAUAAAGGAAGGUAUUUCUUAGGGAGAUCUUAGAACAUCCUGAUUUCACAGUGUUGAAAUGAUCUUAGUUUGGUCCAUUUCCAUAUAAACAUCUGCAAGGCUAUAUUAACAUUCAACAUCUAGAAAUUUUGUUUCUAGCAUGAGAAGUUUGGAUUGCACAUAAUAUCAAGGGAACUUUUCCCCUUUUCAUGCAGCCAUCAGGGAGCUGACAAUUUUUCAGGGGUAAGUCCCACUUUGGAAAAGAAGGAAGUUGCAUGUUGGGUUUGUAGUACAAAGUAGGAAUGUACAGAGUAGCUUUCAUGAUACCUGUUGUGCUACGUUUGUGCCUCCAGCCAGUGCUUUAACCUUUGGACUCAAAUUGUUUUGAGUACCAAACACAGAUGUAUUAAAAGUAAAAUGGUAAUUGAUAGAAUUACCUGUAUAUCCCAUUAAAAUUGUGAUAUUGUGAGAAAAUACUUAACAAUAUUGUAACUUUUAGCUAUGUUAGCUAAAUUUUGAAGUGUCUUAUGCUUACAGAUGUUGCAGCAGAGGUAUGUAAUGAACCAGGAAGUAACCUAAGUUAGCCAUUGCAGUUUAUUUUUCUUUAAAUCUUCUCUGAAAGAUACCUCAUCUUUUUUAAGCAAUAGAACUAUAGAUGAGAGAACCUGAGUUCAGUAUGUAGGUGGAAGAGUUAUUUUGUAUUUGUUCUAAGCGUAUAAAUCAUCAGAAUGUUUAAGCAGCUGCUAACCAAUACUGUAAAUGAGCCAGCUUCAGAAAAAGGCCGGGUGCUAAAUUGUGGGGAUGUUUCUGUUUUCAGAACUUAGCACAUAUGGAGAAGGAUGUUUUCUUUUUAACCUCUGUUCUUUUUCAGAAUAGGUCGUGCAUGUACUGCACUAAACUUGGAACAAAUGUGGUGCAAGGUGAGAAUGUACAUCUGUGGAAAGAGAACCAAGUUAUGUCACAUUUUGUUGCUUUUUUUUUUUUUUGUACCACUUGUGAUACUGGCUGUCAGGUCUCAGUCUGAUCUUUCAGUCUUACAGAGAGGAAGGACUUAUUUCCCUUUUACAGAUGAGAUGUUUGCCUCAUUGAUAUCUAUAUAUGGUGAUUACUCCAGAAGGUUGUUUUUUGUUUUUUUUUUUUUAAGCCAGUCUGGCAGUGGAUUGUAGUGGAUUGAUUCAUGAAGUAAACCAGUCUGUUUUCUGCAAGCACAGCUUGCUAUCUUGAGGACCCCAAAGAUGCUGAAAUUUACCUUAACAGUAUAAUUUGGCAGCACAUGUGUCAGCCACUUUGGAGCAGGGAUAUGAGUACUUCUCUGCACCUUGCCAAGCUCCAGGUGCUUAAGUACAAUGGCAUUACUUAGUAGUGACACUUUUCUAUUGCAUUAUUCAAAGUCAUCUUAGUAAUGGUUUGAGCUUGCUAGUUGUUUGUUUACUGUAUAAUACCGUAUCUUGCUAUGGUCAUUAAUAUUAAAUUGGUGUCAAGAGCUCUUUUCAGACUACUUUUUAGGGUAGCUUUAUUAAAACUAGGAUAUAUUUUUUCCCUUUUUUUUCUGUAUUUAGUUUUUUUGUUUUGUUUGUGCUUUGAGACAAGUGCAAUAAAUUAGAUUUUUAAGAAAUAAAUUACUGUGGUAAGACUCAUCUGUCUUAUGGUUCACAAAGAGUUCUGUUUGUCUGGAAGAUGUCUUGCUGCUGAAGAUAGACAUGCUUAUGAAACCUCUAUCUUACUGUUACCCAGGAAAAAAUGGUAAAAAAUGGUCAAGCAGAAAACAGGUCAUUGUACCUGAUCCUGUAACCAUACCGUUCUUUGCAUUCUAAAAUAUCAGAGCUUACCUGAAGACUUCCUGUGAUUCUGGCCUUUAACUGUAACCGCUUCUGAGACAUAAAAAAGCACCAUUGCCUUCAUUUCCCACAUAGAAGAGCUGUUUUCUGACAGAGCCAAGACCUGUGUAGUUUCUCACAAGAAGGUGUAGUCAUGCUUAAUGACAAUUCUGAUGCUGAUGCCUGCUUCCAGGUAUAAGAAUCCUGUUCAAAUUCUGAUGGCUGUGUAUUUACUAAUUACCAUAGCUUUUAUCUUGACAAACUGGUUCAUCUGCUUCUGUUGGUUCUUGCAGGGGAAUUCUAGUCUUCUUACAGCAUCAGCCUGUUCUGUUAUACAACAGUGAUCCUUAUGUCACCACUUACGGAAUUUCAGAUACCCGAGGUGAGUUGGUGUGAAACACCCAUGUAGAUACAUAAAUAACACUUGUUUUUCUGUGUUGCAGCAACAAAAAGUAGAAUGAUAUAAUGUUACAUGGUACAAAGCAAGUUUUUCACUAAAAAAUGUUGUAAUGCUUUAAUUGGUUAAGUGAGAUAAUAGAGUUGUUAGGAAACGCUGUUACUGCUAAGAAAAUGAUAAUUAGAAUAUUUAAUUAUGACUUUAUGUCAUCGUUUAAAGAUAGGCUUAUUUAUACAGGCACAGAGAAUUUGGAGUGUUUAUACCUCUCAAAGAGCAUCUUUGAUGCAAUGUACAAAAAACCCACUUCCUCUCAAAUGUGUGACUAUCAGAUCACAACUCUGACUCUCCUGCAUUGCUUUCCCAACAGCUGAGUGCUCAGGUGUCUCAAAGGCACUCGUGGCUUAUUUCAGAGUAGCAUGGCAUUCUGGCUUAUCGUUUUGCUUUCCUCACAAAUGCUCCCUUAAUGAGUGAGCUAGUUGUUUUUAUUGGAGUUCUGGAUAGAUUUUCAGUAAAUGAUGUUAUGAAUGUAAAGGCCUGCAGUUCAGUUGCCUGAAUGCCUGUGGAUUUGCCUUUUUAAUUAGCCAUUACAGAAGUAUAAAUAAUCUGUGAAGAUAUGCAGGUCUACUAAUUACGUUGGUGAAAAAUCUCUGGUCCUUAGUUUUUCCAUUAACCAUGCCUAUCCAUAUCCUAUCCCUGCCUUCAUGAGUAAAGAGAUAAGAUCUUAAUUAAAGACACUUAAUUAAAGUGUAGAAUGUGAGGUGCAGGUUUUAUUCCCCUUAUAGCCUUCCUGAAAGUAAAACUUGGCAUGUCUUAUGGCAACAAGUAGUCAGCAAAGAGAGCUGCUGUAUCCCUUGCCAAACU